GUAUUGUUUACUGUACUCCCCAAAGAAAAAGGAAAGAAAAAGAAAAGGAGAGGGUAAUUGACUAAUUGGAGAGUUGCCUACCGCACCCUAUUAGAGUUAGCUGUAUGCAGCUGAGAUAGAUGUUUGUGUUUUUGUUUAAUUGUCGUUGAAGAAUGAAGAUGUGUUAGGUUAGGGUUUUGGGGUUGUGAAGAAGAUGCAGAUAAAGUCAUGGCUCUGUGUGUGAGCAUUCAAUUGAGACGCUGCGUCCUAAACCCUAAUUCUGCUAUGCAAUUCCGAUUCUCCGAUAUGUGUUUCCUCGGAUGCCGAUUUCUCUUUCGAUCGGCAUUCGAUUCCUAUUCGGUGGCUUCUGAGGCUUUUUCUGAACCCCACCCAAUUCCCCUUUGAUAAAAUUCAACUCUUGUCUUCUUUAUUGGGGGAUUUUUCGUUUCUUGUCUUUGGCAUCUGACAUGGAUUCUGAGACCGGUGAUGAUGUUGGUGUUGUGGAGAAAGAUCCAAGUUCGCGUUACGCACGGGUAUGUUACUGUUGUUGGUUUUUGUUGUUACUUUGGGUAAUUCUUUAUUGCGUUUUGUUGAUAUAAUCAAAUCUUCGUUUCUUCUUCAGUAUGAUGAAAUGCUGGGGAAAGGAGCCUUCAAGACUGUGUAUGCCAAUUUAGUGAAUAACGCAUUUGUUUUCUUUUGGUACUUUUUUUUUAUUUCUUUGAUUUUUUAUUUAUUUAUUGAUUUAUUACCUUGUUGUAGAUAUAAGGCGUUUGAUGAAGUAGGUGGAAUAGAAGUUGCAUGGAACCAAAUCAAUAUUGAGGAUGUUUUGCAGUCACCACAAGAGUUUGAAAAGUUGUAUUCGGAGAUUCAUCUGCUCAAGUCUUUGAAACAUGAAAAUAUCAUUAAGCUCUAUAAUUCUUGGGUGGAUGAUAAGGCAAGGACUAUUAACAUGAUAACUGAGUUGUUCACCUCUGGGAGUUUGAGGCAGUAUAGGAAGAAACAUAAGAAUGUUGAUAUGAAAGCCAUCAAGAACUGGGCGAGGCAGAUUCUUCGAGGUUUAUGCUUUCUGCAUAGUCAUAGUCCUCCUGUUAUUCAUAGGGACCUGAAAUGUGAUAAUAUUUUUGUUAAUGGGAAUAAUGGACAAGUUAAGAUUGGAGAUCUUGGGUUGGCAAUUGUCAUGCAGCAGCCUACUGCCCGGAGUGUCAUUGGCACACCAGAAUUCAUGGCCCCGGAGCUUUAUGAGGAAGAAUAUGAUGAACUUGUUGACAUAUAUUCCUUUGGCAUGUGUAUGCUGGAAAUGAUCACCUGUGAGUACCCGUAUAGUGAAUGUAGAAAUCCGGCACAGAUAUAUAAAAAAGUUACUUCUGGUAUAAAGCCUGCUGCUCUUGCUAAAGUAAAUGAUCCUAUGCUGAAGCAAUUUAUAGAAAAGUGUCUAGUUCCAGCAUCUAUGAGAUUGUCUGCAUCCGAACUACUGAAAGACCCAUUCCUUGCAACCGAAAAUGCAAAGGAGAUCAAACACGAUACAUUGCAGCUGCCUAAUUCCCCCACCAAAUUGGUGAAUCCACCAACAUGUGAACCUCAUCCCAUGGAGAUAGAUUCAAACUUCAGGCAUACUUCACCUGGCUCCUCUGUGAGAAGGAUUGAAGAAACUUCUCAUGUUUCAGUUUUUGAUCUCUUGAGGGUAACUGAGAAUAACGAAUUUAGGUUAAGAGGGGAGAGAAAUUCUGACAGUACUAUUUCACUUACGCUGCGAAUUGCUGAUGCACAUGGUGGAGCAAGGAAUAUCCAUUUUCCAUUCUAUAUUGUAUCUGAUACAGUAAUUUCAAUUGCUGAGGAGAUGGUAGAACAUCUGGAACUAAAAAAUGAGGACGUAGCUGUCAUUGCUGAGCUAAUACACAACAUGAUUGUUAAACUUGUGCCCAACUGGAAACCUUUAUUUGAGAAUCUCUCAUCUGGAAUAGAUCGUUUAUACUGGCCUUCUUCUGAAGUUCAGAAUGGUGAAACAUUAAACUGCCAUUGGCCAUCACAAUCAAGUGAUUUUGAUAUGAGGGCAAUUGAUAAGGAUUUAUUUUGCUCACGGCUUGUCGAUGGGGAAGAACAGGAGAAACAAGAAUCUGUUAUUUCUGAUAUUUCAGCGGAGUAUGGGAUUACAAUUGCCUCAGAUUCUAAAGUUGUGGAGCCUGAUUUUCUUUUUCUUCAUGAAUGCUGCGAGAGAUCCAAUGGCUUCAAUUCCAAUUCAGGUGUCAGGUUUUGUGGUCAAGAAGAUGGACACAGGAAUCAAUCAGAGAACUCAGCAGGGUCUUUAAUCAAUUUGUGUUGCAGUCCAUCCAAAAACUUUGAUAUGUCAAGCACGUGUUCCCUUACUCUAGCUGACAAUGAUAAUUCAAACGAGCUGCAGUUGGAGCUUGAAGCAAUAGAAACACAGUAUCAUCAGUGCUUUCGUGAGCUUGAGAAGAUGAGGGAGCAAGCCAUGGAAAACGCCAAAAGGAGAUGGAUAACAAGGAAGAAAAUAUCAGUUAUAUGAUGCAUUAGGAUGAUUUUAUGUGAUUGCUUUUUUCUUUUUCUUUUUAUUUUUUAUUUUUUUGAUAUAAGUUUACACCGAUUGAUUUCUCUAGCUGCUUAUAACUUCGCCUUGUAUUUCUCUUUUUUCUUGAUGGGAUUUUAUUUUUUAUUUUAUUUUUUUGAGAGGGGGUGACAUGGCUUGCCUUGCAAUUGGCGAGGUGACUAAUGACGUAGAAAGAACUAGUUUUUUGACAAAUUAAGGGGUGAAUUUAUUGUCUGAAUUCUUGGUCGACUGCAUUUUAUUUGCGUAUUUUACUUGUCUGGCUACAUUUUUCAA